ACAAGCAGUUUAAUUCAAUUCGCCAUGUUUUUGAUAGACCAUUGUUGUUAAAGACUUUAAUAAAUUGAGUACAAAUAUUGGAAAAUUAAUUUCAGACAAUAAAUAACAUUUCUUUGGCGCCAUCUAUUAAAAUUCAAAGUUUCUAUUUCCAGAUUGUUUUACAACACUACACAGCUCUGGUAUAAACAAAACGAUAUUGUGAACAGCGUACAGACCGUUAUGUCACAGCUGUUUCUCUUCACAACGUGGAGCGGUAGACCGCUCAAGAAGUGUAUUAUUUGAAUUUUAUCAAUUAAAAUUCGACCGGUUAACGCUCGAUGCAAAACUCGCGACAUUAUGCAAUUUCCACUGGCAGGCGUCUGCUCUGCGCAGUGCGUUUGAGGCUCGGCACUGGCCUCAGUUGUGAUAAACGCAACUUGCGUGUUGUUCCUGCUCAAUUUUCUCGUAAUCGCAAACAUGAAACAAAUGUUUCCGCCUUGUUUAAGCCGGUCCAGGUGCAGGCCAAUGCUGACGACGAGGAUGUGGGCUCCGAGCUGGUGGGCAAACUGGAAAAAUCCGAACUGCUGAAGAUACUCAACAAAUUCGCCCAAAAACGAGAAAUCAAAGCACUAUGUUCGGAGAAUGGUUUGGAUUCCUACUUGCAGCAACAAGCGUUCGGAUCCUUUCGACGCUACUGCAUUGAGGCAGAGAAUCUGCCUGUUGAUGUGCACAUCAUUUUCAGCGACAUUAUGCAAGGUGCGGGUCACAUAGACGACAUCUUUCCUUACUUUCUGCGUCAUGCCAAGACUGUGUUCCCCCAUCUCGACUGCAUGGAUGACCUGAAGAAGAUAUCCGACUUGCGGCAACCCGCCAAUUGGUACAGCAAUGCACGCGCCAUUACCCGCAAAAUCGUUUUCCACUCAGGACCUACAAACUCGGGCAAGACUUAUCAUGCCAUGGAAAGGUAUUUGAGUGCGAAGUCUGGUGUCUAUUGUGGACCGCUCAAGCUACUGGCCACCGAGGUGUACAACAAGGCCAAUGAGCGUGGCACACCCUGUGAUCUGGUCACGGGCGAAGAGCGAAAGUUUGGCAUUAGCGAGAACUCGCCAGCCAAUCAUGUGGCAUGCACCGUUGAAAUGACUUCAGUGAACACGCCCUAUGAGGUGGCUGUCAUCGAUGAGAUACAACAGAUAAGAGACCCACAGCGGGGUUGGGCUUGGACGCGCGCUUUCCUCGGACUAAUUGCCGAUGAAGUGCAUGUUUGUGGCGAGGCAGGCGCUUUGGGGUUGCUGCAAAAGAUAUGUGAAACCACUGGCGAAACUGUUGAGGUGCAUCGCUAUGAUCGUCUAACUGAGCUGACAGUGGAGGACUCUGCUCUGGGAUCACUGGACAAUGUGAUGCCGGGAGACUGCAUUGUUUGCUUCAGUAAACAUGAUAUUUAUACGGUUUCGAGAGAGAUUGAAGCAAGGGGGAAGGAAGUAGCUGUCAUUUAUGGAGGUUUGCCUCCAGGUACGAAGCUGGCGCAAGCCGCGAAGUUCAAUGAUCCCGAGAACAGCUGCAAAGUGAUGGUGGCGACUGAUGCCAUUGGCAUGGGCCUCAAUCUGAGUAUUCGUCGCAUCAUUUUCUACUCGCUGGUCAAGCCCACAAUGAAUGAGAAAGGCGAGCGUGAAAUCGAUACGAUUUCCAUAUCAUCAGCUCUGCAAAUCGCUGGACGUGCUGGGCGCUUUAAAACGCAGUGGGAACACGGCUAUGUGACUGCCUUUAAGUCUGAAGAUCUGGUGACGCUUCGACGCUUGCUCAGCCAAACACCAGAGCCUCUAAAGCAGGCAGGCUUACAUCCCACCGCUGACCAAAUAGAAUUGUAUGCUUACCAUCUGCCAAACUCGUCACUGAGCAACCUCAUGGACAUCUUUGUCAAUCUGUGCACUGUGGACGAUUCGUUGUAUUUCAUGUGCAACAUUGAGGACUUCAAGUUCCUGGCCGAGAUGAUACAGCACGUGCCACUGCCACUGCGUGCCCGCUAUGUGUUCUGCUGUGCACCUAUCAACCGCAAGAUGCCUUUCGUGUGCUCCAUGUUCCUGAAGAUAGCGCGUCAAUACAGUCGCAACGAACCCAUCACCUUUGAUUUUAUCAAAAGGAACUGCAACCUGCCGCUGAAGCUGCCCAAAACAAUCCUUGAUCUGGUUCAUCUGGAGGCAGUCUUCGAUGUGAUGGACUUGUACUUGUGGCUCAGCUAUCGGUUUAUGGAUAUUUUCCCUGAGGCUGCCCGAGUGCGUGAUGCUCAAAAGGAGCUCGAUGAGAUCAUCCAGCAAGGCGUAUUUCAAAUAACUCGUCUGCUCAAAAACACAGAAGCUGGCCAGGAUAGCGAUGUGCCCACUUACAAUACACGUCGUGUAACGUCUGUGAAGGAGCCUCGUCUUCCCAGCUCAUCGCGUGGUCGCCUUACAGAGCGACUUCUGGCUCAAGGUCUUCUGACUCCGGGCAUGCUCAGCGAGCUGCGCAAAGAGUGGGAUGCUCAAGCAACGGGGCCCAAAGAUUCUCAGGAUUAUAGUGCAGACAGUGACGAUGAUGAGAGCACGAAGAAGACGGCGCGUCGCAAGCGCAGAAAGUAG